CAAAUCGCGCGAGAAGUGGGAAUCGGGACGGGAGCGCGCUUCGUCUUUGAGGGAGCGAGAAUUAUGUUCAGUUUAUGUCCUCUUCAACACAAGAAACAGAUUGGAAUCUGCAUAGAGGGAAAAUCUACUAUAGCUCGCUGAUCGAACGUGUUGUUUUAGGAGUCUGCUGUCCUCAAAGAGACGUCCUCAUAUAUAGUGCACGGGAUAACGUUUGCACAGUUGCACUGCCCGGAAUGCGCGACAUCCAAUUUAUGUAUCGGUUGGGUCAACAAUAGUUCUCGUUGUAUUGAGUUUUUAGUUUUCAGAGAGGCUCUACUGCCACGCGAAGGAGGAAACCGAAGUUACGACUGGCUUGUUUGUCUCGUAGUCUCUGAAUUCUGCAGGAAUGUCUCACGAGGAGAGACCCACUUUCUACAGACAGGAGCUGAACAAAACGAUAUGGGAGGUCCCGGAGCGGUAUCAAUCCCUGUCCCCGGUCGGCUCUGGAGCCUAUGGAUCAGUCUGCUCGUCGUAUGACGUGAAGUCUGGGCAGAAGAUGGCGGUAAAGAAGCUGUCCAGGCCGUUCCAGUCAAUUAUCCACGCUAAGAGGACCUACAGAGAACUAAGGCUCCUGAAACACAUGAAACACGAGAAUGUGAUUGGUCUGUUGGAUGUGUUCACGCCUGCCACCAGCCUAGAGGAAUUCAACGACGUUUACCUGGUGACCCACCUGAUGGGGGCGGACCUCAACAACAUAGUGAAGUGUCAGAAGCUGACAGACGACCAUGUGCAAUUCCUCAUAUACCAGAUCCUCAGGGGUCUCAAGUAUAUCCAUUCAGCAGACAUCAUCCACAGAGAUUUGAAGCCGAGUAAUCUGGCAGUGAAUGAGGACUGUGAGCUCAAGAUCCUGGACUUUGGUUUGGCGCGACACACUGAUGAUGAGAUGACUGGUUAUGUAGCGACCAGGUGGUACCGCGCCCCCGAGAUCAUGUUGAACUGGAUGCACUACAACAUGACAGUGGACAUCUGGUCAGUCGGCUGCAUCAUGGCAGAGCUGCUCACUGGACGGGCGUUAUUCCCCGGCACCGACCAUAUAAACCAGCUGCAGCAGAUCAUGAGGCUGACAGGAACGCCCCCGGCCUGUCUCAUUAGCCAGAUGCCCAGCCACGAGGCCAGAAACUACAUCAACUCCCUUCCCCAGAUGCUCAAGAGGAACUUUGCUGAUGUUUUUGUUGGCGCUAACCCACUAGCGGUGGAUCUGUUAGAGAAGAUGCUGGUUCUGGACACUGAUACGCGAAUCACAGCGUCCGAGGCCCUGGCCCACCCCUACUUCUCCCAGUACCAUGACCCUGACGAUGAGCCAGAGUCCGAGCCAUACGACCAGAGCUUCGAGAGCAGAGAGCUGGAGAUAGAGGAGUGGAAAAGGUUGACGUAUGAGGAGGUUUGCAGUUUCGAGCCCCUGCCAUUCGAUGGAGACGAGAUGGAGUCCUGAGGGGACGAGGGUGAAGUCAUUGCUAGUCCCGCCUCCUUCUCUUACUGAACUGUGAGGAAGAAGUUGCAUGUAGACAUUGAUCUAGGGCCAGUUUUGUAUUUCAUCCCCUAAUGGUUUAGGUUAGGAUCUGGGGGUAAGCUGAUCCUAGAUCUGUACUUAGAUACAACUUACAUCCGGAGCACGCAACCUUGUGGGAGGACUAUCAACUCACCAGACUAGUUCAAACAAACAAACAGGAAGCCACGACAUUCAAGUGCCUGCCGUCAUUCAUUUCUGGGGUUAGAGGUCAAGGGUCAAAGGUGACUCCCCCUACACCCUCCUCCUGCUUGCUGUAUUAUAUCGUCUUUGAUUGGGUCCCUGGGAAGAAUUGGGGAAAUGACUUUGUAAUAUAUUAUCUAGUGUUUGUGUGUUUAGAGUUUAUUAAGUCACAUUAUUUGCCAAAAACUACCUAAAUUCCUGGAAAAGGUGCUCAGAUUUUAACGUUCAAUAUCGCAAAAACAAUCACAUGGUUUACCCAACAAACCACUGCACUUAUGGAGCCGUUAUUUAUGGUCUGUAGUUUAUAGCCUUUUGGAUAGAAGUCUGUAGGAAAUACAACAGUGGUCAUGACCUGCUCGUCUACGACAAAACCUUGUCUCGGUUGUCAAACUGUACGCUGUUGUUAUGCCUGGCAGGGUUUUAGAUGUGUAAAUAAGGCUGCCCUCUUGUAAAUAAAUGAUACUGUGCACCAAUAGUAA